GGAGACGAUGCCGUGGGUACCACUUUAAAGAGACGGAUGCAGACCACGCCCUUCCUUUCUUCGCCGACAGGGGGCUCUGUGGCGUCCAUCGCAGGCCGAUCCUCAGCAGCAGCUUUACCCCGCUGCCCUUCCAGCAGCAUCUCACCUUCAGCCGGCCUGACGCACAUUCACCGCCGCACCCGCAAAGGAGAACAGAGAAGAAAGAGAGACACGGAGACGGAGAGGACAAAACAACCAAGAGAAAAGAGUAACAUCACAGUCGGUGGUUUUAAUGAUGUAGUCAAUCGUUAUUUGCUUUGACAUCUAAUUUAGCCCGCCUGCCCCUCUGCGACAAGCAAAGACCGUCCAGCGGCGCACAAACACCAUCGCAUCCUCUCUCGGUUUGUGAAGGUAAAGCCGUCCAACCUGUACACGCGGCGCCCGGAGUCCAUUCGACGGAGAAGGACAACGUCUCCGCGCACGGCUCGUCGUUUAUUUUGACGGCGCCAUCGGGCCCGAUCUUCGUCCAUCCUCAGCAGCAUCUCUGCACUCAGCAGAAAGCAGCAUCCUUCCGCCUCCUCCUUGAAUCUGCGCCAUGGCCGAUGUCCCUGCGGAGUGCAACAUAAAAGUGCUUUGUCGCUUUCGUCCUCUCAACCAGUCGGAGAUUGUUCGUGGGGACCAGUUCAUCCCCAAAUUCCAAGGAGAUGACACAGUCCUCGUCGGGGGGAAGUCCUACGCGUUUGAUCGAGUGUUUCCAACCAACACCACCCAGGAGCAGGUGUACAACACCUGCGCCAAACAGAUUGUCAAGGAUGUUCUGGGUGGAUACAAUGGCACUAUUUUCGCGUAUGGACAAACCGCCUCCGGGAAGACUCACACCAUGGAGGGCAAGCUGCAUGACCCUCACCAGAUGGGUAUCAUUCCUCGCAUCGCUGAGGACAUUUUCAACCACAUCUUUGCCAUGGAUGAAAACCUUGAGUUCCACAUCAAGGUUUCCUACUUUGAAAUCUACAUGGACAAAAUACGUGACCUUCUGGAUGUGACAAAGACCAACCUCGCUGUGCACGAGGAUAAGAAUCGGGUGCCGUUUGUCAAGGGAUGCACUGAGCGUUUUGUCUCCAGCCCUGAUGAGGUGAUGGAUGUGAUCGACGAGGGGAAAGCUGCUCGCCACGUUGCUGUGACCAACAUGAACGAGCACAGUUCUCGCAGCCACAGCAUCUUCCUGAUCAACAUCAAGCAGGAGCACGUAGAGACUGAGCAAAAGCUGUGUGGAAAACUCUACCUUGUGGACUUGGCUGGCAGCGAGAAGGUCAGUAAGACUGGAGCUGCAGGAGCCGUCCUGGAUGAGGCUAAAAACAUCAACAAGUCUCUUUCUGCUCUGGGAAAUGUCAUUUCUGCAUUGGCUGAGGGCACGAAAAGUCACGUGCCGUACCGUGACAGCAAAAUGACCCGCAUCCUGCAGGACUCCCUUGGAGGGAACUGUCGCACCACCAUGUUUAUUUGCUGUUCUCCUUCCAGCUACAACGACGCAGAGACCAAGUCCACUUUGAUGUUUGGACAACGUGCCAAGACCAUCAGGAACACCGCCUCCAUCAACCUGGAGCUGACAGCGGAGCAGUGGAAGAAGAAGUUUGAGAAGGAGAAGGAGAAGAACAAAACUCUGAAGGAUACUAUUCAGAAGCUGGAGAUUGAGCUCAACCGCUGGAGAAACGGAGAGAACGUGCCUGAGACGGAGCAGACCAGCCAAGAAAUAGUGACCCGUUUCGAGACCGUGGAGGAGCGUCCGAUUUUGGACAACGACACCUCCUCCAUUGUUGUCCGCAUUUCCGAAGAGGAGCGGCAGAAGUACGAGGAGGAGAUCCGCAAGCUGUACAAGCAGCUCGAUGACAAGGAUGAUGAGAUCAAUCUGCAGUGCCAGUUGGUGGAGAAACUGAAGCAGCAGAUGAUGGACCAGGAUGAGCUCCUGGCCUCAUCCAAGGGCGACGGGGACAAGGUGCAGGCCGAACUCGGCAGGCUUCAGGUGGAAAGUGACUGCGCCAAGGCUGAGGUGAAGGAGGUGCUGCAAGCGCUGGAGGAGCUGGCCAUCAACUAUGACCACAAGAGCCAGGAGGUGGAGGAGAAAGGCCUCCAGAACCAGCUGCUGGCUGACCAACUGUCCCAGAAAAUGGCCAGUCUGAUGGAGCUGGAGGCGGAGCUGUCUCGUAUGCAGGAAGUAAGCGGGCAGCAGAGGAAACGCAUCGCUGACGUCCUCAAUGGUCUGAUGAGGGACCUCAGUGAGUUCAGCACCAUUGUGGGCAACGGGGAGAUCAAGCUGCCGGUGGAGAUCAGCGGUGCAAUCGAGGAGGAGUUCACGGUGGCUCGCCUCUACAUCAGCAAGAUCAAGUCGGAGGUGAAGAGCAUGGUGAAGCGCUGCCGCCAGCUGGAGAACAUGCAGCUGGAGUGCCACCGCAAGAUGGAGGAGACCGGGAGGGAGCUCUCCUCCUGCCAGCUCCUCAUCUCUCAGCAUGAAGCUAAGAUCCGCUCUCUGACGGAGUACAUGCAGAGCGUGGAGCAGAAGAAGAGGCUGCUGGAAGAGAGCCACGACUCCCUGAGCGAAGAGCUGGCCAAGCUGCAAGACCAGGAUAACUCCCUGCUUGAGGAGAAGGAUGGAGAAAAGGGGGAGAUUGAGGAGGGAAAUGUGAAGAAGGUUGCACGUCAGCAGGGGGAGUCUCACCGUGGCCUCCAUCACCAGCAGCUGGCCCGCCUCCGGGACGAGAUCAACGAGAAGCAGAGGAUCAUUGAUGAGCUCACUGAUCGUAACUCCAAGCUGGAGCUGGAGCUCGCUCAGGUUCGUGCUGACUUUGAGCGUCUGAAGAGUCAGGACACCACCAAGACUGAGCGCCUGGAGGAGCUCUCAUUCCUGCAUGAGCGCCAUGAGCAGACUAAACAGGACUUGAAGGGUCUGGAGGAGACUGUCGCCCGCGAACUCCAGACCCUCCACAACCUGCGCAAGCUGUUCGUUCAAGACCUCACGUCGCGGGUUAAAAAAAGUUCCGAAAUGGAGCCUGAUGAUAGCGGGGGGUCUUGCACCCAGAAGCAGAAGAUUUCCUUUCUUGAGAAUAACCUGGACCAACUUACAAAGGUUCACAAACAGCUGGUACGUGACAAUGCAGAUCUGCGCUGUGAGCUUCCAAAGUUGGAGAAACGUCUUCGGUCUACUGCUGAGAGAGUUAAGGCCCUGGAGACUGCACUGAGGGACGCCAAAGAGGGCGCAAUGAUGGACCGCCGCCGCUACCAGCAGGAGGUCGACCGUAUCAAGGAUGCCAUGAGGGCAAAGAGCGCCCAGAGGCGCCCGCAUGCCGCACAGAUCGCCAAGCCAGUGAGACCGAAACAGCUGCCCGUCUGCUCUCCCACCAACCCGUUCUACACUUACAUCCGUGCCACUGAACAAGCCAACACCUACAGCAACGCCUGUUUCCAGGGCAACGGGACACAGCCGAGCGCCCCAAGCGCCAACUGCAACCCCAACUCUGUGCAGAGCAACACAGUGUCCACAGCGCUGGGCUACCGAGCAGGCAGAUACACUGGAGACAUACUGGAGUCCUUCCCACUCAAUAUUGAAAACGGUAACAACACAAGUGAAACGAGAGACAUCAAUGACAACAGAAGCGAUGUUCACUGUGGCAGCGAGGUGGAUGAUUCAAACAGGCAUUACAUCAUUCAGCAGGAGACCGCUGCAAGUUAAUGCCAUGAAGAUGACCAAAAACUGUACCUGCCCAAGGAUCCUCCCGUCUGCAUGCAGCCUGCUUCCCCAUCCCUCCACUGCAUCAAUGAUGACAACGAAGACCUGUAGCCCCUGUAGUCUUCAAACUUAAUUGACUUAACCUUCUGCUCCUACGGUGACCACCUUCAGGUUUGAGGUCCAGUCUCUUUUCAGUUCAGCCAGCACAGAAGGUAUAUUAAAUCAAAUUUGUUUUCCUUUUUAAAAACAGGAAUUUCAACUCAUCAUUCUCUCCGUCAAUCAAUUUGUCACAAGAUAUCACUGAUACUGAAUACCUCCGGAUGUGGCUGAACUGAAACAGGGCUACCUGUAUCCCUGACGAUUUAGGACUCACAUGUUGUAAAUAAUAGAGCUGUAUACUCCAGUAGAGGUUUCUGACCAGCAACUGUUCGUGUGAAUGCACAGCCUCCACCGUCCCCUGCACACACCUUCUUAAGGGCAUGAUGGGAAUGACAUACUGUAGGCAGACGUGACCCGUCGUAAAUAACAGUAUAGUGUUUAACGCCAGCUUGUAACAGAAGACCCACACUGCAUGUCGCGUUGCAGGUUAGCUUUCAAAUCUUUGCAUGUGUCCUGGUUCCAGUCAGGAGUUGGUAUGCUGCGGGUGAACAGUCCGAUCGACUUCGACAGGUGUAAUAGAGAGAGAGAGAGAGCUGGUGUUCCUUAAUCCUGAUCAUGGUUACCAUGCUUAAGAUUUUCUACUUUAAAGCAAAACUAGGUAAAUGUGGCUUUAACACGGGAAGAAACCACACUAAACACAUUAGGGUCUAGUUUUUAUUUAAUGGAAGAUGCAGUGGGGGAAGCCCAGCCCUGACUUAGCAGGUUUGGAAUGUUGCAGCUGUGUGAUGCCAUUGUACAUUUCAGGUUAUGAUGCCAGCAUCAAUUUAUUCUGGCUUUCUCCCUGCUUUGCGCCCACACCUUGUUAGUGUUCAUACCAAGCCUUAACGAGAGCUGACUUCUCAUGAUGAUCAAGUGCAUACAUUUGUAGUUACUACCUCUAGAGCUGCUCAUAAAAGCUUAAUACACCAAUAUCUUUUCAAAACCCUUAACAGAAGCGGAUCUUAGAGUUUCUAUUAGAAAACAGCAUUUUUAGUGCAGCAAUAGCUGUGAGACCUUAUUAGAGCAGUAGUUAUGUUCUCCUGAAGUUCAUUUAACAACAGAUUCCUCCUCCAUCAUGCAACAGGAUCAGGACUGGGCCGAAGAACGGCAUGCAAAAUGUUCUAUUGCAACAGAGAUGUAGUUUGGUCACAUCAGGGCCGAUCUGACAGUGUCAAGGUAUACAACGUAAAUAUUCAAAUAGUUUCCAACCCUUCCUAGUGCCUAAUGCAUUUAUAUGAAACGGAGUAACACUGAAAUUAUAACAGUCUUCCGUCCGUGAAUCUAAAGUUACACUAAUAACGUACUGCCGUUUAAAAACAGAAGUCAUGUAACCCCUUUUGGUCUAACUGUAAUUUAUUCAGUGACUUGUGCUUUUAAAUCUUUUCAAACAAUCCCGUCCAAUCAUGAGUGAGUCUCCAGCUGAGCAGGCACCAGUCUGGGACCAACAUACUGAAGCCGUUUGUUGCUUGUUGAGUCGUGCUGUGUUUCUUCUGUCAGAAAUCCUGACCAGCCAAUCAGGAUAGAAGAAACCAGCGUGUCUCAGGUGCGUCACAAAGAUGUGGAUGUGCUCAGACAAAGCUCAGUCACUGAAUUGAAAGGACAGAUUAAAUCUCAAGUGUGUUGCUCUCAUAGAAAACAAACACAACAACAAAUCAGCUUUUGCGUACCUAAAUCUCUCGCGUAGAAUAAUGUUAAAGUCCAGUGCGUUUCAUUGCAUUCACUGGACUUGUCCCAAUAGGACCCAAGUAUGAUAAGUGAAGGCCGUCUGAUCCUCAACAGCCGCGUCCACGACAGGUCUUUACUGGCAUCAACAACAUCUCAGGGCUUCACUUUCACAGCCACCACGGGUCGUCUCCACGGUCAUCCUCAUAGACUUGAAACCAUGCAAUUGCUCAUGUACAUUUAGGUCAGGUUGUGUUCUUUGAAGUUUAGCAGAUGGAAGGGAUGGUACAUCUACAGAUCUAACUUUACUUUAUACAUAGUGUAUAAAAUCUCCAUUCCAGCAUGUGAAAAAGUGAAAUCCCUCUGGUCAGACCCUACUGUACGUGUCCAAGCAGUCCCUCUAUUUGCUGUCAAGGUUUAAGUGUGAUAAAUACAUCUGAAGGAUGGGGGGCUGUGUAUUAUAUUGUCACCUUCUAUCCCACUGUCUGAUUUCAACAUAUAUAAAAUACAUGUGCUAUAUAUUGUUAAUCUUGUAAGUAAAAUAGCGUGCCAUGACAUAGUGAAAAGCAAAGGAAAGGUACAUGCUAACUUUGUUCAGAGAAAUGUUUGUUUCAUUUCUUUCCGUAUGCCUAUACUGUAGCGUCAACAUGAUUAUGUGAAGAAUCACAGUUCUGUAUAUUUAAGCCCACCACUAUGCUGUAUUGUAUGUGAACCAUUGUGUUGUAGUAAAAAGUUCAAUAAACUUGUAGAAAGAA